CUCAAAAAGAGGAUGCUGAGUCUUGAGUGAAAGAAGCGCUCGGACCUUCUAUUUUUCUUGUGUCUUUCUUCCAUCUUUUUUGUUUCCGGGAAAAUUUUAGAAAACAUCUUCUUCCCACAUUUUCCAAGCCUGUCAUUGUAAAGAGAAAAAGAGAGGAGAAACCCUAAUUUUAUGGGUUUUUUCUCUGUUAUUUGAGUGGUCUGAAAAGUGAAAACCACUCCGACUCUCGUGGAUUUCACUGGGAGAAAGAGAUCAGUUGCGACUAAGUUGAGAUUUUUCAGGUCUCAAUCUCAACUUAGGGUUUUGAGGAGGGUACGCUUGGAUUUCCAUUAUUUUGUUUUGAGGAGGAAUCAACAUGGCUUUCCAAUGGUUUGCCAUCAAUCAGAGGUUGUUCUUUAAAGCUUGAGGCUGAAGUCCAAUUUCACUUCUUCCGUUAUUUUGGAUUAAAAUGUCAGGCCUAGAAGGACAUGGGAUUCAUGAUGAAAUAAGAGAAAGGAGAUCCGAUGUCGAGAACUCUGAAGAUGAGAGACGCCGGACAAAAAUUGGGUCUCUCAAGAAGAAAGCAAUAAAUGCCUCCAACAAGUUCACUCAUUCUCUUAAGAAACGAGGAAAAAAGAAAUUCGAUUACAGGGUUUCCUCGGUUUCCAUAGAGGACAUCCGGGAUGCAAGAGAGGAGAGUGCGGUCCUUGAGUUGCGUCAAAAACUACUCCACAGGGAUUUAUUGCCACCCCGGCAUGAUGAUUAUCAUACUUUGUUGAGAUUCUUGAAAGCAAGGGAGUUUAACAUUGAGAAAACAAUCCAUAUGUGGGAAGAAAUGCUUCACUGGAGAAAAGAGUAUGGAACAGAUGCCAUAUUGGAGGACUUCGAAUUUGAAGAGCUGGAAGAAGUUUUGCAACAUUAUCCUCAAGGUUACCAUGGAAUUGAUAAAGAAGGAAGGCCAGUAUAUAUUGAGAGACUUGGGAAAGCUCACCCAAAUCGGCUAACACGCAUUACCACAGUUGACCGCUACUUAAAGUACCAUGUACAAGAGUUUGAGAAGGCUUUGCGUGAGAAGUUCCCUGCAUGUUCAAUUGCAGCAAAAAAACACAUUGGUUCAACUACAACAAUCUUGGACGUGCAAGGCUUGGGUAUUAAGAAUUUCACCAAGACUGCUGCAGACCUCCUGGCUGGUAUGGCAAAAAUAGAUGGAAAUUACUACCCUGAGACGCUGCAUAGGAUGUUCAUUGUUAAUGCUGGUCCUGGCUUCAAGAUGCUUUGGCUUGCUGCCAAGAAAUUUGUUGACCCAAGGACUAUUGCGAAGAUACAGGUGCUGGAGCCUAAAUCUUUGAGUAAACUUCUAGAAGUUAUUGAUUCAUGCCAAUUGCCCGAUUUCUUGGGUGGCUUGUGCACAUGUUCUACUGAAGGAGGGUGCCUUAGAUCUAAUAAAGGACCAUGGACUGAUCCUGACAUAAUGAAGCUUGUACAUAAUGCAGAAGCAACAUUUGUGAGGCAAAUAACAAGAAUAUCUGAUGAGGAACAGAAAGUUGACUCCUAUAUCAAGAUACGCCCACUUAAGGGAAGAUGUAGUGAUACUUCAACAGCUGAAUCUGGAUCAGAUAUAGAGGAUCCUUGUUCUCCCAUUGGACAUAGGAAUUUUAGAUUUCCUCGACUGGCCCCUGUUCAUGAAGAAUUUACACAGGCCAGGGCAUCAGAUCCAACUGCUUAUUAUAGUUGUGAUGACCACUUUACUGUGGUUGAUAAAACUAUAGACUAUGGCCGAGGAAGAGCUGGACCCUCUGAGGACCAAUCUCCUGGAAUUGAGCAAGGGAAACCUUCUAGGGAUGUAAUAUCAAAGCCACAAGGCAUUGCUGUCUCCAAUGGAUUCAACAGUUCCAAUAAUACUGUAGAGGAGGGGAGUUACCAGUAUAUAGCUAGAGGACUGGUGGCUCUUGUGGUCAAACUACUUGCUUUCUUCCAUUUUCUACGUUGCGGUCUUGUGAGGAGACCAAGUAACACCCAUACUUCUAAUUUGGAGGAACCAAUUCCACAAAUUCAUCCCCCUGCUUCAGAAAUAGUUAAGGAAGAAAACCAUGUUCAUCCUUGUUUGCAGCGUCUUGAGAGACUUGAGACAUUAUUUGAGGAAAUUAGGACAAAGCCUGUAGAAAUACCUUUGGAUAAGGAACAAUUGCUCCUGGAAUCUAUGGAUCGAAUAAAAUCUGUUGAGUUUGACCUUGAGAAGACCAAGAGGGUAUUACAUGCUACAGUGAUGAAACAACUUGAGAUUGCAGAGCUACUGGAGGGCAUACGGGAGUCCCAGUUUCGGCGGAGGAGGAUAUUCUGUUGAAAAUUUGGACAGUGGUGGACCAUGCUUUGUGUGGACAGGGUGAGACAAAUGGUUCUGCUGGUUUUGAUGCAAUAGUCUAUAUGGUUCAGCAUCAGCCCUUAGUCAUUUGAUCUGUACAUUGGGAUUCAGAUGGUUGUGCAGGAAAGAUGUCCUCUGCAAGAGGCCUCCCUAUCUUGGCUUUUUUGUUCCUGGAUGAUAUCCUACGCUAAAAUUUCAGUAAAUUUUCUCGUUCUUCUCAUUUACCUGGAAGUACUCCGUUUGCAACAGAAGUCACGUAGAGUUAUACAGGGGUCAUUCCCCAACUCUCACCGUGUAUAAACAAAUUGAGAAAAUAAUGCAAAUGUUAUAUGGCGGCACUUUAUUCAAUUGUUCUUCACCCCUUGACUCUGACCCAUGUGGGUUUCACUUUUUACUUUGUUUUAUUAUUUAUUUCCCUAGGGAGAUGAGCAGAAUCACUUGGCCCCCAGAGCCAUCCAUCUUGAGGGCUUUUGAUGGGAUGCAGUGUUCCAACUCUAAAUACUUGUUCCUUUGCCUACGGCCUACAUGUAAUGGUAAACAUGGAUGGAUGCCUUUUCGCCCUUA